AUGCGUGAAUGCGCGCUCUUCCUUCUCCAGUGGUACCGCACCAGCCACCUCUAUCUCCAGCCCGUCGUCUACCUCCAGAUCUUAUCCGCACUCUGCAUGGUCGGAUCCACCAAGCACAUCAUCGAUGCUACUCACAGUUUGUACAACGCGACGCUCGACAAGGUCACACCCGUGAGUCUCUGGCUCGAGCACCCGGGGUGCGUCAACCACUUUGUCUUUGCACUCAAAGUGCAAAGUCAAACAACUGUGACCAAGUGCGCCUCGAUAUUGGCGCUGAUCGUCGAAUGGGCCAAGACGACGCAGGCAUCGCCGCGGCGCUGGACGCCGGCAGCGAUCGAGAGCGUCGAGGUGGCGCUGGCGGCCUGGCCGCACGUGUACCGGAUCAGCGACUGCCUCGAGCGUGUCUACACGUACCUCUUUGAGAUUCACCCGACGACUGGGCGGCUGGGUCAGCGACGGUCGCAGCGCAAGCAAUUCAUCGAGAUCCUCGGCCGCGCCUACGAGAUGCGCUUGGCGACCAAAGUGCAGACCAAGCGGUUUGGUUUCGCCGAGACGAUCCAAAAUGCCGUCGAGCUGUAUCACGCGCCGCUCGAGUGCGCGAUCCACGAUUACGUCGAGACGGCACUGGACCCGGCCAUCAACGAGUUCUUGGAGCCACACUUGUCGGCGUACGUAGCACCGAUACCGAUGCGCAUCAAGCGGCGUCCGUGGUGGCGACGCUAG